UCAUUCAUAUGAUGAUGAAGGCUCUACUAUUAUUUCUCUUUGCUAUUUCUUCAUCACUGUUUAUGGAACCUUGUUAUUCAAGCAGUGGAUAUUGGCCUCCUUCACCAGGAUACUGGCCAAGUCACAAAUUCAGGUCUAUGAACUUUUACAAAGGAUUUAGAAACCUUUGGGGUCCUCAACACCAAGCACUUGACAACAAUAAUGCAUUAACAAUUUGGCUUGAUAGAACCUCAGGGAGUGGAUUCAAAUCAGUUCGUCCAUUUAGAUCAGGUUACUUUGGUGCUUCAAUUAAGCUCCACCCUGGCUACACUGCAGGAGUUAUAACAGCUUUCUAUCUUUCUAACAAUGAAGCACACCCUGGGUUCCAUGAUGAAGUGGACAUAGAGUUUCUUGGGACCACAUUUGGAAAACCUUAUACUUUACAAACAAAUGUUUACAUAAGAGGAAGUGGGGAUGGAACGAUUAUAGGAAGAGAGAUGAAGUUCCAUUUGUGGUUUGAUCCUACCAAAGAUUUUCAUCACUAUGCUAUUCUUUGGUCUCCUAAAGAAAUCAUAUUCCUAGUGGAUGAUGUGCCAAUAAGAAGGUACCCUAGAAAGAGUGCUUACACAUUUCCACUAAGACCAAUGUGGGUUUAUGGUUCAAUAUGGGAUGCAUCAUCAUGGGCAACUGAAGAUGGCAAGUACAAAGCUGAUUAUAGGUACCAACCUUUUGUUGCAAGGUACACAAAUUUCAAGGCUAGUGGUUGCUCAGCCUAUGCAUCACGGUGGUGCCACCCAGUCUCAGCCUCACCAUAUAGGUCCGGUGGCUUGACCAGGCAACAAUAUUGGGCUAUGAGGUGGGUCCAAAGACACCAUAUGGUUUAUAACUAUUGCCAAGACCCCAAAAGGGACCACAGAUUAACACCUGAAUGUUGGGGUUAA